AUGGAGCGAGUGUGUCUGUGUGUGUCUGUGCUGUUGCUCGGUGUGUUUAGUGGGAGUUGUGCUCAGCCUCUUUCUAACAGCCAGCGCCUGUUCUCCAUCGCUGUAAGCAGAGUGCAACAUCUCCACCUGCUGGCCAAGAACGUCCUACUGCAGUUUGAGAGCUCUCUGCAGACAGAUGAGCAGCGACAGCUGAACAAAAUCUUCCUCCAGGACUCGUGUAACUCUGAUUACAUUAUCAGCCCCAUUGACAAGCAUGAGACUCAGCACAGCUCUGUAUUGAGGCUGCUGUCAAUCUCCUAUCGUCUGAUCGGGUCUUGGGAGACUGCAAGUCGUGAUCUGUCUGGUGCCCCAGCCCUCAGGAACCAAAUCUACCCCAAAAUCACGGAACUCAAAACUGGAAUUGACCUUCUAAUCAGGGCUAAUCAGGGUCCCAGCGAGAGCUAUAAUGAAGAUCUCCAGCAGGCCCUCUAUGGGAACUACUACCAGGCUGGCAGCCUGGGAAUGGACGAGUCACUGCGCCACACCUAUGAACUGCUGGCCUGCUUCAAGAAAGACAUGCAUAAGGUGGAAACCUACCUGACAGUUGCUAAAUGUCGACUUUUUCCGGAGGCCAACUGUACUCUGUAG